AUGGGGAUUGUGGAAGCCAUCAUCUCUGGGCUGUUAUCAUGUUUUUGCCAAACAUGCCGACCAUUUUGCCAACAAUUGAACUAUAUCAGAAAAGUUAUAGAAAAUGAACAAACUAUGGGGAGAGAGUUGGAUUCCUUGAGGAGCCAAAAAAGAGAUGUUAGUGCCAAACUGAACACAGGCGAAGUGCAGCAUGGAAAAAGACCGAAAGAAGAGAAGAGAAGCAAGAAAACAGUAAAGAUACUCCACAGAGUCAAAACUCUUCAAGUGAUAGGAAAGUCAUUUCAUCAAAGUGAAAGUAUAUUCAUUGAUUCACUACCAGAAACUUCAUCCAGUUUGCCAACAACAGCCUUACAUGGUAGUUCAGCUGAAAGGAAGAAAGGAGAGAUUUUGCAAUGCAUUAUGAAUCCUGAGGUGAGUAAGAUUGGAAUAUUUGGUAUGGGAGGUGUCGGCAAGACAACCAUCAUGAGGCACAUUUACAAUCAGCUGAAGGAAAAGAAAGACGAUUUUGCUAUUGUCAUGUGGGUGGAUGUUUCCAGAUCUUUCAACUUGGAGAAGAUACAAGAAAAAAUUGCAGAAAAGUUUGGCUGUGACCUCUCUUCAUCUACUGAUGAAACAAGUAGAGCACUGGUGUUACAUGAAGCUUUUAAAAGGAGGAGGAACUUUGUAAUCUUCUUAGAUGAUGUGUGGGAGAGUGUUUCUCUACAAGAUGUGGGCAUUCCAGAGGCUAACGGAUGUAAUGGUUCCAAAAUUGUGUGGACUACCCGUUUCGUCAAUGUUUGUCAUAGCAUGGAGAGCCAAAGAGAAAUUAAAGUUGAGUGCCUUGCUGGUGAAGAAUCUUGGGCUUUGUUCAAGGAGAAAGUUGGCGGUGAGGAUGUUAUUAUGUCGCCUGAAAUUGAGCCAAUUGCAAGGAAGGUAGCCUGCGAAUGUGGAGGACUGCCACUGGCCUUGGUCACUGUUGGGCGUGCUUUAAGGAAAGAACAUCAUUUGGAAAUAUGGAGGAAUGCACUGCAGGAACUCAAGACAUCAAGCACUGAUCAGAUUGAUGGCAUGGGCAAAUAUGUAUUUGGGAGUCUCAAAUUCAGUUACAAACGGUUGCGGAACGACAAGAUUCGUUCAUGUUUCUUGUAUUGUGUUCUAUUUCAAGACGGUGCUUACAUAUUAGUCAGUCGCCUGAUUGGGUACUGGAUGGCUGAAGGAUUAAUUGAGGAACUGGGGAAUAUACAAGCUGAGGAAGAUAAAGGACAUGCUUAUCUCAAGGAACUCAAAGAUGCAUGCAUGAUACAGAUUAUCGAAGAUGAUGAUAUUGCAUACGUGAGGAUGCAUGACUUGAUCCGGGAUCUAGCGAUUAACAUCACAAGGGAGCAGCCUCUCUUCAUGGUAAAAGCUGGAUUACAGCUCAAGGAGUCACCUCAUGAGGAAGAUUGGGUUGAAAAUCUAGAGAGAGUCUCAUUGAUGGGGAAUAAUAUCAAAACAUUUCAAGGUCAACCAAAUUGUCCCCAGCUAUCAACUUUGUUUCUACAACAUAAUUCUUGUUCAGUCAGCUUCUCUGAGACAUUCUUCAAGCAUAUGCACAACCUUCGAGUCCUCAACCUCUCUGAUACUGGAAUAGAAUCACUUCCAGGUUCGCUUUCUGAUUUAAUAAACCUUCAUGCACUAAUCUUGGCGAAAUGCCCUUGCCUUCAGUAUAUGCCUUCACUGGCUAAACUUCAGAAACUAAGAAAAUUAAUCCUCUCAGGGCUCUCAUCCCUAAAAGAACUACCAUAUGGGCUUGAAAACUUAGUAAAACUUAGACAUCUGGAUAUUUCUAGAGGAGGGUGGGGAAGUUUUCCAUCUGGAGCACUUUUAAAAAAGUCUUGUCUUGAAAAUCUUUUCAUGGAUAGCAGCCAAUGGAGAUUGUCAUAUGAAAGUAACAGAGAUGACAGAGAAGCUGAAGAUAAUUCAACAUUUGGGGAAAUCAUAAGAUUAAAAAAUUUGACCGACUUUUCAGUUGAUUUCGCUGAUGUAUUGACCUUCAAUAGCUAUAUCAACAAGGCUGAUCGAUUUGAACUAUUGAAACAUAUUGAUUUUUUUGUUUAUGGAGUAAGUCAUAAAUAUGAUGGACAUAAUGCAGAAAAUGAGAGCACGGAGAAAGUUAUAUUGCCUGGUAAUGCAAACUAUUUGGGAAUUGAUGGUUGUAAUUUCAUCCAAUUGUCAGAUAUUUUUCACUGGGAUGAUUUAAGACAUUUGAAAGUGUGUCGAAUCCAAAGCUGUGAUGAAAUGGAGUGGAUUGGGAAGGAUGGAGAAAUUGUUCUUCCUAGCUUACAAAAGCUUUGUUUAUACGAACUUCACAGUUUUAAGGGUUUGUGUAAAGAAAAAGUCCAUGAGGAAACCCUCAAAAACUUGAGAAAGCUGUGCAUUGUUAAAUGUCAAAAGUUAAAAUAUCUGAUACCAAUUGAUUUGCUAGAGAACAACCUUAAAAAUCUCGAAGAAACAUCAAUAGAGGAUUGCUAUGAGAUGGAGAAUAUAAUUUCAGGGGAAGCUAGUGCAACUAUCACUAUCCUUCCAAAGUUCAAAAUAUUGAAGUUAUGGAACUUGCCAGAGUUAACAAGCAUUUGCCCAAGAAAACUGGUUUGUGAUUCACUCUAUGAAAUCCAAAUAAUAGAUUGUCCCAAAUUGACGAAGCUGCCAUUCUUUAUAAACAAUGUGCCGCCUACUGCCAUGAGGAUCAUAGGGCACAAACAAUGGUGGGAAACAUCAGAAUGGGAAGAUCCACAGUUGAAAGAACUUCUUCAACCUUUCUUUGAGAGUGAUGAGAUGUACAUUUUUAGUGACAUGUUCAGGGACCGACUUGAUAUCAGUAUGUUAGAUUUAUUGAAGGAAAAAAUGGUCAAGCGGAGAUUAUUUGACUAUUGUGUUGAUAUGGACUUCGGCAAGACGGUGAUCGUAAAGUACCCACUAGUUUACAACACUGAAACCCCAGACAAAAAAGAAAAAGUGUCAACUGUGCCAUCUAUAUCAUGUGGUUUAUCGAACAAUUACUCGACGAUGAAAAACUACGGUUAGCACAAACGGAUGUUCCUUAUCUGAAAUUAAAGUAUGUUGCCACAUACUUAUGGAAGGGAGCACAGCUGGCAUCAUUGAGAAAGGGGGGUCUUCGAUUGCGGGGCAACAGAGUUGACCUGAUAUUGUUUGUUUUCAAAUAUAAAAUAGUUUUGUCGUUAUAAUUUAAAUUCAGUUCAUU